AUGGCCGACUCGGCACCCGCCGGCAAGCACGACGCGAGCGACGUAGGCAGUGUGAAGUGUGAGGUUGUUAGUGGGGUGGCGAAAUGGGGGAACCCGCUGGAAGCGCUGCUGGCGACACUCGGCCCCUUUGGCCUUUACCAGCGCUUUGUGGUGGUUCUCCUUCUGAUUCCCAACCUCCUGGCGCCGAUGUACACCUUCAAUUACGUGUUCGUGGCUGACCGCGUGCCUUUCAGAUGCAUUGUCCCGGAGUGCGAAUGGGGCCAACCACAGUUCAGUAACUCCACAGUGGAGCAGCUGCUGCCACCAGAUGAGUGCGUCCGCUAUGCCCCGCUGGAGCCCGACGUGUCGUCAUGCGAUGCGCAGGACUUUCAUCAAAACAACACUGUACCAUGUGAGGGAUUUGUGUAUGAAAACCAUGACACUGUAUAUGCUGAGUUCGGGUUAGCGUGCCGUGAGUGGCGCCGCACCCUGGUGGGCACGGUGCGCAAUGCGGCGCUGCCGCUGGCGCUCGUGCUGACCGGUUACAUCUCAGACAGAUGGGGUCGGCGCACAGCUUUCUGCAUAUUUGCAGCGUUCGCGGGCGCGCUGGGCGUUGCCAAGUCCUUUGCGAACACCUACAACAUUUACAUAACCCUCGAGUUUUUUGAAGCAGCUCUCGGCUACGGUUUUAACAGCGCUGCGUAUGUUAUGAUGAUAGAGCUGGCGCGUCCCUCACUCCGCGCCGCGUUCGCUUGCGCGACCGGAGUGGCCUACGGCAUGGGCGGUGUCCUAUUCGCCGUGGUCGCGCGGUACCUGCCCCACUGGCGGGACCUUCUGCGGGCCAUACACACGCCGGCGCUGCUCCUGCCCAUGUACUGGCUGAUAUUGGACGAGAGCGUGCGCUGGCUGCACGCAACGCAGCAAACUGAUAAGGCUAAAACUGUCAUCAAUAAGGCCGCUAGAUGGAAUAAGGUAACUUUAGACGAGACAUCUGUAAGAAACGCUCUAGAUUCAAACACAGCUCAAGAUGAAGGCCCAAAAGAAAAUGCCUGGUUAAGCCUCUUGAAGUCUCGAGUACUGAUGGUGCGGUUCAUGGCCUGCUGCUUCUGCUGGAUCGCCGCCGCCUUCGUGUACUACGGCCUCACGAUUAACUCGGUGGCACUCUCUGGCGACAAAUACACUAACUUUGCCCUAAACAUGGUGAUGGAUAUCGUCGCGUCGCUUCUCAUUAUGAUGGCUCUGGAACGCAUUGGCCGGAGGAUCAGCAUAUGCGUGGCCUUCGUGCUCUGUGGUAUUUCGUCCAUGAUACCAAUGUUUACAUCAAACACAGCGACCCACCAGUCAGUCUACUUCAUGGGCAAGCUGUCCAUCACGUUCGCGUUCAACUCCCUGUACGUGUUCACCGCCGAGCUGUUCCCCACGUCGGUGCGCAGCUCGGCACUCGCGGCCACUUCGCUCGUGGGCCGCUUGGGAUCCAUCCUCGCGCCGCAGACGCCGCUACUGAAUCCCACAAUACAAACCCUGUUGUACACUGGAUGCUCGCUGCUAGCGGCCGCAGCAGUGGUGCUGGUCCCGGAGACACGGCGGGCGCCGUUGCCGCAACACGUGCGCCAAGCGGAACGCCUGCGCAAACUGGCAACACCGCGCGCUUCCACCACCCACCCGCCGCCGCCACCUGUCCCCUCCUUCACUAGGAUAUCUCAGUCUAGCUGAUUUAGGAUAUAGGCUACUUAGCAAUGUGCUAUCUUGAUAAAUGUUAAGGUAAUUUAUUGUUAAAGUAGAACUAGAAAGGCAGCAUUGAAAGAGCAAAACAACGGGUCAUAAAGCUUGGGCUAUUAGUACUGCGGUGACUCUCGAAUAGGAUUUUUCUUCC